AUGUCGUUUAUUUUACUUAGUACGCCAUACACGAUAGUAAACGAACGAAACGGUCGAAGAUAUAAUAAUCACCAAAAAAGUAACAGUUACCAAAAUGGACAGAAUACCAGCACGCCCAUUCGAGCCCCUUCCGCUUUAAGUAGAGGAAGUGGCUACGAUACCAAUGGAUCGGAUAUAUACGUCACAAGCGGUGCAUACAAAGCUCCUUCUGAAAUAAGCCGAAAUUCUCGAAUACGCGCCCCCAGUCACAUGUCUUACAGAAGUGGCAUUGCACCAUCAGUAACCAGUACGGCCAAAUCCAGAGGUUCUCGAAAAGCCGGAAUGCGAAUGGAAGCAAUGGCUGCCCCCAAUCCCUUUUGCCCAAAUAUUAAAGGGAUGUGCUGUUUGAUGCUCUUACUCAAUCUUGGAAUAAUUUUAGUAACCUUGGGAAUGGUCAUAGUCAUACAGUUUUAUGAUCCGCUUUAUGUUUGGGAAUUCAAAAGACCAAGUGACGUCAAUCCAGAUGAACUCUACUGGACCCAUCAUUGGCAAAAAACUAUCGGCUCACCAGAAAUUCAUUAUAAGGCUGAAGAAAAGUAUGGGGACGAUAGAUACAGCGAUAGGUACUCCGUUAGCAAACUCUCUGGAAAAUAUUCUGAUAAAAACGGGAGGUACUAA